UUGUGGGCUUGGCUUUGACUCAGUGAUGUAAGUUUCCGCGCUGAGAAGAACCUUUUAGUCUUUGCCACAGAGAGCUCCAAAACAUCUAUUAGGUUAGUCCACUCUAGCACUUUGUAAAUAAAUAUUAUGCAUGGAAAUAGCUGUCCUCAUGCCAGGGGAAAUAUGAUAUCUAGGAUAUCUUUUGCUUUUUAAAAGUGCAUUGAAAAUAGUUUUUCUCUCUUUUUUUUUUAGAUAUUCCUGCUGCUGCUGUUUGCAGAGUGGGUUCUUUAGACUUUGCAGACAAGUCUGACAAACUUCAGUUCGACUUCAUCUAGGCAACAACGAUCAAGAUGCAACAAUUGGAGGACGACAAGCCCAAGAAGAAGAUCACACCUUAUCUCCUCUACUGCGUUGCAACCGCAGUCAUUGGCUCUCUGCAGUUUGGCUACAACACGGGGGUCAUCAAUGCACCUGAGCAGAAACUACGAGAUUUUUUCCAUAAUGUGUCCUUGGAUCGCUACGGGGAGCCUUUCAGCCCAGGAGCAAACACCAUGGUGUGGAGCUUUGCUGUGGCCAUUUUCAGCGUGGGAGGCAUGGCCGGGUCCUUCUCCGUCGGCACCAUGGUUAACACAUUUGGCAGGCGAAAGUCCAUGGCGAUCGCUAACGUCCUGGCUAUCAUAGGCGGUGGUCUGAUGGGACUGUCGACUCUGAGCAAAUCUUUUGAGAUGGUCAUUGUCGGCCGGUUGAUCAUCGGUGUGUUCUGCGGUCUGUGCACAGGCCUGACACCCAUGUAUGUGGGUGAGAUCUCCCCCACUGCUGUCAGAGGAGCCUUCGGCACACUGCACCAGCUGGGUGUUGUUAUUGGCAUCCUGGUUGCACAGAUCUUCGGUCUGGAGUCUCUGCUGGGUUCAGAUGAUCUGUGGCCUUUGCUCCUUGCCCUCACUGUCCUGCCUGCUGUUGUGCAGACCAUCAUGCUACCCUUCUGCCCUGAAAGCCCUCGUUACCUCAUCAUUGUCCUCAACCAAGAGGAAGAGGCAAGAAAAGCACUAGUGCGUCUGCGUGGCACUGAAGAUGUGAGCGAUGAUAUUCAGGAGAUGAAGGAGGAGGGCAUGAAGAUGGCCAUGGAAAAGAAAGUGACUGUCCUUGAACUCUUCCGCUCGCCAAACUAUCGUCAGCCGAUCAUUAUUGCUAUCAUUCUGCAGCUUUCUCAGCAGCUGUCUGGCAUUAACGCUGUAUUUUACUACUCCACGGGCAUAUUUAAAACAGCUGGUGUAACACAACCCAUCUUUGCCACCAUAGGAGCUGGAAUCGUCAACACCGUGUUUACCAUCGUCUCUCUGUUCCUGGUUGAGCGGGCAGGACGAAGAACAUUGCACCUGAUUGGGUUGGCUGGAAUGGCCAUCUCUGCCCUCCUCAUGACUAUCUCCCUGUCUUUGGUGAAGAUGAACGAGUCCCUGAGUUAUCUGGCGAUUGUGGCUGUGUUCGGCUUUGUUGCCAGUUUUGAGAUGGGACCCGGGCCCAUCCCCUGGUUCAUCGUGGCAGAGCUCUUUUCUCAGGGCCCUCGGCCUGCCGCCAUGGCUGUUUCUGGUUGCUCCAACUGGACGGCCAACUUCCUGGUGGGACUGGGAUUCCCUAAACUGGAGGAGCUUUGUGGCCCCUAUGUUUUCCUCAUCUUCAUGGUCUUUCUCAUCUUAUUCUUCAUCUUCACCUACCUGCGAGUCCCCGAGACAAAAGGACGGACCUUUGACGACAUUGCCCAGGGGUUCGCCGCCAAACCCACCCACUCUCCUGUGCCUGACGCAGUGGUUGUGCCAGAACCUGCACCCUUGUCACCCACGGAAAAGGUUCCCAUGGUUGAUCUUCCAUCGGAGAGACAGUGAAUAAUCACAAAGAAGAGGGGGGACAAACAUAGAUCGUUUUAAGAGUAUUAACACGCAUAAUGGAGAACAGCACUGAUGUGUACUAAUGCAGAGAAAAGGUUGUAGUUUGUUUACAUGAAAAUUCAAGCAUGCCAUCUUAAAGAAUGAAAGUUUUUUUACUGAUCGCCUUGUUAGAAUUCUGUUAAUAAUUGACAUAAGUCCCUUAAAUCUUUGCAAAACCCAACUCCAGUAUCAAUGCUUAAUAUUCAGAGACUCUUAGUGCUUUGUGCUACAUAAGAGGAUCAGCAUAUAUUCAAGUUUCCAGCUGCCCUCAGUGUUAAAAGGUUGCAGGCUUUUAGGGUUUUAUGUAUUGAGGUCAAACUUGAAAAGCCGGUUUUGGAGCCUGGCAGUUUGACCCAAAAAAAAGGCUGACUUGCUAGCCAGUGUGCCUUCCAGCCAGGGGCAGAACGCCAUGUUAUCUUAAAUGACCAUAGAAAAACACAUGAUGGAGGUACUGCAACAGUCCCUUUCAGGUUUAUUAACAGCACCAAUCUUAGACAGAACAAGUAUUUUUAAGAACAUAAAAGACAAAGACUUCUUGUCUACCUGCCAGCCUGUCCUGACAGUGGGAGAUGUAUUUGUUUGUUGUUUGGAUCCUGCUGUGCUCAUGCAGAUAACGGUUUUGCACAGUGCGUCCUUCAGAAAUACUAUUAGUGGGAGGUAGAGAGAGAGAAGUUGUCUAACACUGCCAAGUCUGAACAAAACCCCUUUAAAGGCUUUUUCUUCUUUAAGCACACAGGCUUAAGCCUUUAGUUUCAGGCUUUUCGCUGCAGGAAACAUAGUGAAUAACAAAAAAAGGCGUGUCAUAAUGCAGUUGUAUACAGCAUGGAGAAACAGAUGAUAAAACUCAGGUGGCUCAAUAUGUAAAUGUUUGUGGUUUCUAGCUACUGCCAAGAAAAUACAGCUAUCCAUCACUGUACUUGAAAUUUGCAUCUGCAUCUUUUGCUGCUCUGAGAACUGAACUGAAAUGGUGUGUUCUCAUUUGUGGCUUGUGUAGAAUCCUGUUUGUGCCUGCUGAUAACUGAAUGCGCAUCUCACUCAGAAGCAAAACAUUAGCCACAUGAGACAGAGGUGUUAGACAACAACACUAUAUUAAUUGUAUUUAUUUGAGUGUUUAACGCACAAGAACUACUAUUAAACGCAUUGGUUUGGAAUUGUCUGCAAUUCUGUGUAUAUAUUGAAGAGCCUUGACUCUCUGCGUCUUCAUCAGCCGUUCGUCACAUCCUAACGGGAUGACGUGUCAAUGUUUGUACUGUAGAAUCUCCUCCUGGGUGUGUACUCUCUUGAUGGGGAUGGACUCUUCUCCUAUGAGCUUCGCAGUUUGCACUUCUGCAGUCUCGCUAGUUUCUAGUGACUGCUCAUAUUGUGUGUACGGCUCCAUUUUUAUGUAAAUACACUGCUUGUGUGUUUGUUUGAUUCUUUUUUUGUGUUUCUUUCUGCUGUUUUUUCCCAUUCAGAUUGUCUCCUUGUUUUGCACUCAGCAUCCUUGCUGUGGUUUAUGCAGUGAUCUUGCAUUGUAAUUCUUUCUUAUAUUCAUAUUUGUCAGAUGUAUAUUUUGCUCUUUUAAAGUCUUUUGUGUAAAUAAACAGAAAUAAUAAAUCAGUCAGAUGAAACUCUAUUAAAUGGAGGUUGAAUUGAA